UUGAAGCAGCGGAUCCGUAAAACCCUAGACUAAACCUGCAGAAAGAAGGGAGUUGAAGAAAUUGGGGUCUCGCAUCAAUGGCGAAUCGGCGUUGCUUUCAAACCCUAGCUCGAUGUCUCCGAUCGAUCAGAACCCUAACCCCAAUAUCAGAAAGCCUAGCGCCUUACACCGCUCCCGCUCUCAGCCAAACACUCCCAAACUACAUUUUCCUCAAUAAAUUUAACGUCUACCAAGUGCCCGCGCGGAGCUUCUGCUCGAGGCACAGUGGGAGUGAAGAUGAUGAUUACGAAAGUGGAGAAGAAGAGGAUUAUAGUGAAAAUGAAGAAGACAUCGCUGAUUUGUCUGCUGAGGAAAAAGAAAAAGAAGCAACUGAGAUAGGCUACACGGUUCUCGGCCCGCUUCAGAAAUCAGACAGGGUUUUCAAAUUGUAUGAGCCCGUUUUCGCAGUUGUUCAGAUUGGAUCGCAUCAAUUCAAGGUGAGCAAUGGGGAUACCAUUUACACAGAGAGGUUGAAGCACUGUGACAUCAAUGAUAAGUUGGUCCUCAAUAAGGUUCUUAUGCUAGGUUCACAAACACAGACAAUCAUCGGUAGGCCAAUUUUGCCUGAAGCAGCUGUUCAUGCUGUUGUUGAGGAGCACGCUCUAGACGCAAAGGUUAUCAUAUUCAAGAAAAAGAGAAGAAAGAACUACAGAAGAACGAAAGGUCAUCGCCAGGAAUUAACUAAACUAAGGAUAACGGAUAUACAAGGGAUCGAGAAGCCAGAAAAUACUAUGCCUCUGCCUCCUCCAAAGAAAGAGAAGGAAAAGGCAGAGAAGAAGGUGGCUAUGGAAGCUUAAGAGGCACAGAUGCUUGUCUAGUGCUUUCAAGAUCCAUUUUUUCCAAGAGCUCAAGCCUGAUAUACUAUCAGUUUCCUAAUGUGACCUUUACAUUCUCAGAGUUUAGGUCUCUUCCCUUCCUGUCCCGAUACUUCUUCCUUGUUAAUCCAUGAUUCUGCGCUCAUGUUGUGGUUCUUUUAACUCCAAAAACUAUGGGUAGACAUUAGACUAUGUUCAUUGAUAUAUUUUCUAAAAAUAAAGCAUAGAUAUAUUGUUUUACAA